AUGCGACUCUCCGUUCUUCGACGCUCGCUGCACUCGGUAAAUAUACCGAGACGGCAUCUCGCACUGUCUCGCAGUUUCGGUGCCCGAGUGCCGAAGAGUUACUUCCAUACAACGCCUUCACGGGAAGCAAUCAAACCAUAUCUGCUCGCCGAUAUUGGCGAAGGAAUCACGGAGUGUCGAAUUGUCCAAUGGUUUAUCAAGCCAGGAGACCGAGUAAGCCAGUUUGAUGCAAUUUGUGAGGUUCAGUCCGACAAAGCGUCUGUUGAGAUUACAUCCCGGUAUGACGGAAUCAUUUCCAGUCUCCACCACGAGGCAGAUGAGAUGGCCGAAGUGGGGAAGCCUCUUCUCGAUAUUGACGUCGAAGACGUCCCAUCCGAUGCAAACCAGGCUCCCACACAGUCGGCGCCCGAGGAGACUGCUUCGGAAGAUAAGCACACUGCGACUGUUAGAGAAGGGGAAGCCCCAGCAAAUGCGGGUACGCUGGACAACCUCCCAGGCGCAAAGCUCAAGCCGAAAGCAAAGAGCUCUGAGCUUAUUGUCCCAGCUGUCAGAGGUAUGCUAAAGCAACACAAUAUUGAUAUCAACGAUGUCAUAGGGAGUGGAAAGGGUGGGCGAGUGAUGAAGGAGGAUGUUCAAAGGUAUUUGGACUUGAGAAAUGGAGCACCAAAGCAGCUACCUUCCACGACCGUAGCCCUGAUUGAUGCAUCAUUGGAAGACAAAGUUGUACCUUUGACACCAAUCGAGACUCAUAUGUUCAAGGUCAUGACUCGCGCUCUCAGCAUCCCACACUUCGGCUACAGCCAUUUUGUCGACUUUACUUCUUUGACAAGUCUGCGUCGCAACUUCAACAGGCGACUGGAGGUCUGCAGUGACAUGCAAGGAGACUGUGUUUCCAAGUUGACCGCGCUUCCCUUCAUCCUGAAGGCUCUUUCACAGGCCUUUCUGCGACACCCCAGAUUGAAUGCCCAUCUUAACACAGAAAUGACUCCGGAAAAGCCCCAAUUAAUUGUGAAGGCAUCUCAUAAUUUUGGCGUUGCCAUGGACACGCCGGGUGGCCUUCUGGUUCCAGUCGUCAAAGAUGUUGAAAGUCGAUCCAUUCUUUCCAUCGCAGCUGAACUGAAGCGACUGAGUGCACUGGCAAAAGAAGGCCGUCUGACCCCAUCGGACAUGAGUGGGGCUACUUUCACUGUGAGUAACAUUGGAAGCAUCGGGGGCUCCGUGGUGAAUCCUGUCAUCAUGCCUCCGACAGUUGGCAUUGUUGCAUUGGGUAAGAGCGAAGAAGUUCCGGUCUUCGCAAAGCACAACAACGAAGGUGAAGCCCCAAUUACCAAGCGUGAGAAAGCUAUUCUCAGCUGGAGCGCAGACCAUCGAGUUCUUGACGGUGCUUCAGUCGCACGAUGUGCCCAGCUUGUGAGCAGUAUCUUGGAGAACAUCGAAUCCAUCGGUAUGGGAUUGCGCUAG